AUGUCAUGUUCGCAUAAUCAACAACCUGACUUUUCUCGAGAGGACUUACUCAACGCGCUUCCACCAUUUGGGCGUCUCCAACUAUUAAUUGGACGAGUGAAUCGUCUCAUCGCUCGGGUUAAUUAUCAUUUGGGCGGGAGCAAUGAGGUCGAGAAGAAGAUAAGCAGCGAGUUGGCGAAACAACUCGUGAAUAACGAGAAUUCUCUCAAGGACGUUUUCCGUCAAAUGUUGAAAAGAGCUGGGGUCAUAAUCAGAGCAAUGGAUAGAGAUGAAUGUUUCCAGGCGAUGAAGCUCGUCAUGAACAAGGUUAAGGCAAUUAACCUUCUACACGGAAAGUUUGAGGUGUUAAGCAAUAAUCUCGUUCAAUUCAAUUCAAUUACGAAGCGGUCAAGACUGCCCCUGAAUUUAUGCUUCAAUCAUUAUUUUCGAUUUGACUGA